AUGACGUUUUUCUUGACAACUCAAGACACCUACUUUUAUGACGCUCCGUGGAACAAGAGUGAGACAGGUGUUGCAAUCAUGAACGUAGCCACCUUAAUCGGGGCUAUAAUAGGAUGCAUAAUGUCAGGUAUCUUGUCCGACUAUCACGUUUUGUGGCUAGCAAGGAGAAACAACGGAAGAAUGGAGCCUGAGUUCAGAUUAUACCUUUUAUUUAUAACCCUCGUCAUUUCUCCACUUGGAUUAAUUAUGUUUGGUGUUGGAGCAGACAAGACUUGGCCUUGGCAAGCGGUCUACGUUGGCCUUGGAUUCAUCGGUGUUGGUUGGGGUUCAAUUGGUGACACUGCUAUGUCAUAUCUCAUGGACGCUUAUCCUGAAAUUGUCAUCCAAGGCAUGGUUGGGGUUUCCAUCAUUAACAACACACUCGCAUGUGUGUUCACGUUCGUUUGUUCAUAUUGGUUAGAUGGUGCUGGAACUGCAAACACAUACAUUGUUCUAGCUGUGAUUGAUUUCGUGUCGAUUGCGUUUAUUGUUCCUACGUUGAUCUGGGGAAAGUCCUGGAGAAGAAAUACUAAGAAACUCUACGUCGAGUUGGUCGAACUCACCCAAGGUAUGGGUUAA